AUGGGACUGGAGAUGAGAGGGUCUGUUUCCAGCAUGUCUUCGAAGGAGAUGAUGGACAGGGUGGAGAGUGAGCCAUCGAGGAAGCGGAUUGAGAGAGAGGACUUAGCGCGGGUGUUGACGCGGGGUAGUGUUGGUGGGGGGGCAGCAGGAGUGGCGGGGGAGCUGGAUGAGGAGGUUAUUGGUAAGAUCAAGAGCCUUGCGAGGACGCUGUCUCGGCAUACGACGCGGGACGGGCCGCUGGACGUUGGAGGUGACGAUUUUGAUAUGAAGGCUAUAUUUUCUGCGUUGGUGCAGGACUCGCAGAGACAGAAUAUGGAGUUUAGGCAGGCGGGGGUUCUUCUUGAGGACGUGGUUGUGAAAGGGACGGACUCGAGUUAUGUGGAGGGCAACGAUUAUGGGGAUGUUUUGAAGCUUCCGCUCACAAUUGCCAAGGCGAUGCGGGCGCGGAAGAAUGGUGUUCGGAUGCGCAACAUUUUGGAGAAGGUUGAUUUCAUAGCUAGGCCUGGUGAGAUGGUUUUGGUUCUUGGACGUCCUGGGGCGGGGUGUUCUUCGUUGUUGAAGACGGUUGCAGGAGAUACAGAUCAGUUUAAGUCGGUUUCAGGGUCGAUUUCGUAUGACGGGAUUCCGCAGGAUGAGAUGAUGAGCAACUUCAAGGCGGAGGUGAUCUACAAUGGUGAGGAAGACGUCCACUUCCCGCAUCUGACGUUGAGGCAGACUCUUGAUUUUGCGAUUGCGUGCAAGACGCCCCAUGUUCGUGUGAACAGUCUGACCCGCGCGGAUUACAUCAGCAUGAUGAGGGAGUUGUAUGCGACAAUUUUUGGUCUAAAGCAUGCCUACGACACGCCUGUGGGAAACGAAUUUGUGAGGGGGGUUUCUGGUGGUGAACGUAAACGUGUUUCUAUUGCGGAAGCUCUGGCUGCAAACGGUUCUGUUUAUUGUUGGGACAAUGCAACGAGAGGGUUGGAUGCCUCCACUGCUUUGGAGUAUGCGCAGGCUAUUCGGAUUAUGACGAAUAUUCUAAAGUCUACGUCAUUGGUCACAAUCUAUCAAGCCAGUGAAAAGAUUUAUGAAGUUUUCGACAAGGUAACCGUUUUAUAUGACGGUAAGCAGAUUUACUUUGGGGAUGUAAUGAGUGCAAGGGAAUACUUUUAUGAAAUGGGGUAUAUGUGUCCUCCUAGGCAGUCUACCCCAGAGUUUCUGACCGCUCUGACUGAUACCAAUGGAUACCAUAAGAUUCGUCCUGGCUUUGAAAAUCGUGUUCCAAGAACUGCUGAAGAGUUUGAAGCUUAUUGGAGACAGUCGAAAGAGUACAGAGAGUUGAAAGAGGAAAUCGAGGAUUACAAGAACCAAGUAGAUGGUGAUAUUACCAAGGAGCAAUUACAAAAAUAUAAACUGCAACGGAAGUCCAAAUAUUCUCGUAAACGCAGUCCUUAUGUGCUAUCCUUUGCAGAACAAGUGAAAUUGUGUACGAUCCGUGGGUUCCAAAGGAUUUAUGGUGAUAAGUCAUUCACUCUGAUCAAUACUGCUGCUGCAAUUAUUCAGGCUUUGAUAACCGGGUCUUUAUACUUCCAAUCUCCAGAAGGUACCUCGGGUGCUUUCUCUCGGGGAGGUGUCUUGUACUUUGCUGUCUUAUAUUACUCUUUGAUGGGUCUUGCAAAUAUCAAUUUUUCAAAUAGGCCAAUUUUACAAAAACACAAGCUUUAUACGCUCUAUCAUCCGAGCGCAGAGGCAUUGGCGUCGACCUUUUCUGCUUUUGUCUUUAGACUAAUUGGGUUAACAGCAUUCUUCAUAGUGUUGUAUUUCUUAUCUGGAUUAACGUACGAAGCGGAUAGAUUCUUUGUUGUCUAUUUGUUUUUAGUAAUGGCCGCGGAAAGUAUCAACGCUCUGUUUGAAAUGAUUACAGCAUUGUCUGGUUCCAUCGCACAAGCGAAUGCUAUUUCUGGUAUAGUAAUGCUUGCAAUUUCAAUGUAUUCUACCUAUAUUAUCCAACCCCCAUCUAUGCACCCAUGGUUCAAGUGGCUGUCUUAUAUUCUGCCAAUUAGAUAUGCUUUUGAGAGUAUGUUGAAUGGUGAAUUCCAUGGGAGGAAGAUGAGUUGUACUGAAAGCUACGUCCCAAGUGGACCCUCAUAUCAAGGUAUUUCGGAUCAAAACAAGGUCUGUGCAUUUGUUGGCUCUAAACCAGGUCAAAGUUGGGUUCUUGGUGAUGAUUAUUUAGGCGUGCAAUACGAAUAUUCCUACUCACAUCAAUGGAGGAACCUGGGAAUAUUGUGCUGCUUCUUUCUUGGAUUCUUACUGAUCAAGUGUUUGGCAACCGAAUUCAAGAGACCGCUCAAAGGAGGAGGGGAUUCUUUGGUCUUUAAAAAGGGAACUUUGGCCAGAAAGAAAAAAUUGCAACAUGAUGUCGAAUCUUCCUCACCGGGAACUACUUCUGAAGCGAAAUACAUGGUGUCUGAUGAUUCUAACCUUCCUGUCACCGGUGCUGGUAUAUUCGAAGGUUUAAAGAAUGAAGAUGUCUUCUUAUGGAAAAACGUAAGUUACACUAUUCCUUACAAGGGUACCAAACGGAAAUUAUUGGAUGAGGUGUCUGGUUAUUGUAUUCCUGGCACAUUGACUGCUCUAAUGGGCGAAUCAGGUGCUGGCAAGACUACACUUUUGAAUACCCUUGCACAGAGAAAUGUUGGUAUCAUCACGGGUGACAUGUUAGUUAACGGUCUGCCAGUAGAUAUCAGUUUCGAACGUAGAACGGGUUACGUCCAACAGCAGGAUGUCCACAUUAAAGAAAUGACUGUUCGUGAGUCUCUUCAAUUUUCUGCAAGGUUGCGUAGACCUGAGUCAGUCCCUGACGCAGAAAAACUGGAUUACGUUGAAAAGAUUAUUGAAGUUUUAGGAAUGACAGAUUAUGCCGAUGCCGUUGUUGGAGAUGUUGGCUACGGUUUAAACGUUGGACAAAGAAAAAAAUUGUCGAUUGGUGUUGAAUUAGUAGCCAAACCUUCACUUCUUCUGUUCCUUGAUGAACCGACUUCUGGUUUGGAUUCGCAAUCCUCAUGGGCCAUUGUUCAGCUAUUGAAAAAAUUGGCCAAAGCGGGCCAGUCAAUCCUCUGUACCAUCCAUCAACCUUCUGCAACGUUAUUUGAACAAUUUGAUAGAUUGUUGUUGUUGAAAAAAGGUGGGCAAACUGUUUACUUUAAUGAUAUUGGUGAGCAUUCUAAGACAAUAUUAGAUUACUUUGAGCGUAAUGGUGCGCGUAAGUGUUCACCAUCAGAAAAUCCAGCAGAAUAUAUUUUGGAGGUCAUUGGUGCAGGAGCCACGGCCACUACUUCUGAAGAUUGGGCUAAAAUUUGGAGAAAUUCUCCUGAAUUUGCCAAGGCUAAUGCUGAAAUUGACAAGAUACUUGAUGAAUUGAAGAAAACUAAAACACCUCAUAAUCUAGAAAACAAUGACAAAUACGCAACUAGCUAUUUCUACCAAUUCUGGUAUGUCCAGCAAAGAACUUGUAAAAUGUUUUUCAGGGAUCUUGAUUAUAUCAUGGCAAAACAGAUGCUUUUCUUGGUUGGUGGUCUUUUCAUUGGUUUUACAUUUUAUGAUGUCGGAGACUCAUACACUGGGUUACAAAACACUAUGUUUGCCGUCUUUAUGUCUGUUGUGAUGUCGGCCCCCGCAAUGAACCAGAUACAAAGCCGUGCUGUCAAAUCUAGAGAUCUAUAUGAGGUUAGAGAAUCCAAAUCUAAUAUGUUCCACUGGUCCUUAGUGAUGAUCACAGAGUAUUUAGCGGAGUUGCCUUACCAGUUCUUCUUCUCUACCAUCUUCUACUGCUGCAUGUUUUUCCCAUUAAAGUCUCACGCUUCCUCUUACAGAGCGGGUGUAUUCUUUUUGAACUAUGUCGUGAUUUUCCAACUAUACUUCGUUGGUCUGGGCUUGGCUGUUUUGUAUGCCUCUCCAAAUUUAGAGUCAGCUAAUGUGAUCCUUGGUUUAUGUCUAUCCUUCUUGAUUUCCUUCUGCGGCGUGGUCCAACCUUACCGUUUGAUGCCCGGCUUCUGGAAGUUUAUGUUCCGCGCAAGUCCUUACACUUAUUUCACCCAAAACUUGUUAGGCCUGCUAUUGCACGACAAGCCUGUUGUUUGUAGUCCCAAAGAGCUUUCAUACCUCAACCCUCCACAGGGCAUGACUUGCGGUGACUACAUGAGCGACUUCCUGAAGUCCGCAAGUGGCUACAUUCAAAACCCUGAUGCAACUGCUAACUGCGCUUACUGUACCUACACUGUUGGUGAUGAAUACUUGGCAUCAAUAUCUAGUAAGUAUAGUUACAUCUGGAGAAACUUCGGACUCUUCUGGCUCUACAUUGGAUUCAACUUUAUCGCGAUGCUAGGCCUAUAUGUAGUGUUCCACUCUACGUUCUCCUUCAAGAAGCAUCUGUUCAGAAAAUAG